CCUCACACUUCUCCCAGUCUCUCUUCCCCAUUCUCCCCUGACUCCCUCGUUCCUUAUCUACAACGCGAUCCCCAUCCAUGGUCGGAGCUGUCUGGUGGCCGCCCCUCCCCUUCUUCAGCAACGCCGGCGGACGCGCAGGCCCCUGCUCUGCCCCGCCCCUCCCCUUCGUCAUCCCUGCCGGCGGACCCGCAGGCCCCUGCUCUGCCCCGCCCCUUCUUCCUAUCCGGUGACGCCGGGGCCUGCAUCCUCCUGGCGAUGCCGGGGCGCUCGAGCUCGGCAUGCUCGCCGGCGACGCCGGGGCCCUCCCUCGUGCUGAUGCACUCGCCGCCACGAACUUCCCUCCCCCCUGCUCGGGACGCCAUCAAGGUCAGGUUCCAACUCUUAUUCUCCCCUGAGUCCCCUCGAUCCGGGUGCAGGUUCAGGUUAGCUGCUCAGGGGCCAUGGCGUGUUCCGUUCCGUGCGGCGCUGCCUUCGCCGCCGCCGUUGCCGCCUGGUUGUGUCUGGUGCGUCGCAGCAGCCAACGGGGCCGGGAAGGUCCGAGACACUGUAGGUCCCUGCUCGCCAACUUGCAGGAGGUUGUUAAUCGUUUGGGAUGACCUGCAUGAGUACACAUCGAGGAGCAAGAGAAUCAAAUACGACAUCCUUCGUGCAAUGGCCAAGCUGUUGGAGCUUGAUGAACAUUGCCUAGUUAACCAGUUUAGCGACAGGGCUCUCACUUAUGCUAGAUUCAAGUACUAUCCUCCGUGUCCAAGUUUCUCAGAGAUGGAACGUGGUACAAUGUUCCAACUGUGUCUAACUACACCUUGCUGAUCAACGUUGGUGUUACAAUGGAGAUAAUGACCAACGGGAUAUUUAACGGGCCAGUACAUAGGGUUGUAACCAAUUCUGAGAAAGAGAGAAUCUCAGUGGCCGUGCUCUAUGGUAUGGAUCCUGAAAAAGCGAUUGGACUGACAACUUAGACAUUGAAUGAGGACCAACAGGCGAGAUAGAUGAAAAUGGAGGUCAAGGAUUUCUCGAGGAGAAAGAGUCUUCGAUUCGUUAAGGAUAUGAUCAAGGAAAGAAUUACAGCUGGUCCAGGGGCCGUGCAGGGCGGGGCGGCCGCGCGGGUGCCGGGCGGGUUCCUGGGCAGGGGCGAUCUGGCGGACUUGUGCGACGCCGCGAGGGGGCAGGGCGGCCUCCUGGGCGACCGCUACGUCGAUCGUGCACGGAGGCGACUGUGCGGUGGAGUGGCGCGAGGUCGCCGUGCAGGAGAAGACGGUGUUGUCGCGAUGGUGACGCAAGGCAGAGAUGCUCCUGGGCGAGGGGAGGUCGAUUCCUUCCUUAUCUGCGAUCAGAAUUGCGUGAUUGUCGGGGGACGUGGGACUGGUCGUUCGAGGGAAGGGUUGUGGGAUGGUGGAGUAUGGUCAGUCAUUGGAAAUUGCCAAGUGCACACCAUAAAGCAAUCAAAUCAAUUAUGGCUGUUAGAUUCAGAUCCGUGGGACUAAUCGUGGGGUGGUGAAUGGGUUGUCUGGUGUCAUGGGGGUAAUUGUGGGGUGUACCUAAUAAAGUUCUAGUUGGAUUGUUUAAUAGUAGUGGAGAAAAAUGAAGAGGGCCGAGAUAGUUCGGCUUUCCAUGGCAUAGUCCAUCCUGGCAAAGGCCCAGCAGUCGUUGAGCAGAGAAAAGUUCACUCUAAGUGCGAAAUCACUAACUAUUAGGAAGUACUCCUUUCAAAGAUCA